GGACCGACGCUUUUUUGAUUUACGCAUCCAUUUAUCUGUCAUCGCACGUAGAAAAAACAUAUGAGAUUUUGCAUUAUAUGUGGUUGAUUAGGGAGUGCGCAGCUAGGCAAGGCGGUUUGUCAUGGAGAGAUUAUGACGAACAGUUUAGGCUAAGACAGGCUAUCAGACCCACAUCUUGGGCAUCAAUUAAUAAUGACCUCUGGUGGAGAUGCGUACAAACUAGGCCGCAGUACUUGCCAUCUGAAAGGCCGGCAACACCGCGUAAUCAUCUUUCAUGUAAUCCUUUCAACGAGGGCAGGUGUACCUGGCCAAUGUGUAGAUUUCCACAUGUAUGUUCCAAGUGCGGUGCGUUACACGCAGCUAUACACUGCCCAAGAAACAGAAUAAAUAAUACAUCACAAUUCAACAAUUACCCUCAAAACUCUCGGACCGGAAAUUUUCGUUUUUUCCAAUCCCAGGGGACGUGGCGCAUUCAGAGGUCAGUUCAGGGGUCAGUUCAGAGCGCCCAUUAAAAAAUAAAUCGGAGAGGUUGGCUCAAAAUUUAGAUUUGAUUAACUUAGCUUAUACGCCAAUAAAUUUGUCCGCAUUGCGUCGUUAUUUAUCAGAGUACAAACAUAAAGAUUCUGAAGUUUUGUUGAGCGGUUUUCUUAAUGGUUUUAAUAUGCAUUACGAGGGUCCGGUAGUGUCCAGGGAAAGCAAAAACUUACGAUCUGCUUUAUCGAAUCCUGAUAUCGUUCAGCAAAAAUUAGAUAAAGAAAUAAACGCUGGAAGAAUGGCCGGCCCGUAUUUAGAAAAACCUCUUUCAAAUCUCAUAGUUUCGCCUGUGGGCCUGGUACCUAAGAAAACUCAUGGGGAAUUCAGACUUAUCCACCAUCUUUCAUUUCCAGAGGGAGAAUCAGUUAAUGACUAUAUUGAUACAAAAUUUUGUUCCGUGACGUACACUAAUUUUGACGCAGCAGUGACUAUGAUUCAGGAAUUUGGCAGACACUGUAAACUUUUCAAAAUGGACCUCAAAAAUGCAUUUCGCUUGUUACCAAUAAGAGUGCAAGAUUUUAAAUUACUUGGUAUAAAAUUCAAUAACUUUUAUUAUGUAGAUAAAGCCCUCCCUUUUGGCGCAUCUGUAAGCUGCAAAACAUUCGAACAGUUUUCAACCUUCUUGGAAUUUGUCGUUAAAAACAAGCUGACGUCAGGGCAGCUGAUUCAUUAUCUUGAUGACUUCUUGGGUGGAGACAGAACAAUGCCUUUAUAUAUCUGGAUUAUUGGUGACUCGCUGCCUUAUUGGGCUGGCGUGAGAGCCCAGCAGUUAAGUACCCCAGACCUGAAGGCACCUGCGGGUAUCAGGAUUGGCUGGUGGGGCAUACGGGGGAUGUCCUGGGAAGACUUUCGCCAUUCGAUAGAAGUAAAUGUCUUGCUAGGUAAACCUCCUAAAAUGAUUCUUAUACAUUUAGGUGGUAAUGACAUAACCAAAAUGCCUGUAUCAGAAUUAAGAGGGAUAAUUCAAUGUGAGGUCACAUAUCUAAGGGAGGCUAUGCCUGAUUCCAAACUAAUUUGGGUAAAUAUUUUACAACGCCUGUCAUGGAGAACCGACAAAUACGGAAUUCAGGAAAUUGAGUCAAUCAGAAAGCGAAUUAAUCGCUGGGGUAGGCAGCAGGUCAGUCUUCAUCCGCAGCAUGACAUUGUGUCCAUUGAUAUUGACUAUAAAACACCAGGCUUCUUCAGAGACGAUGGGGUUCAUUUGUCAGACGUAGGACUCGCCUUUUACUUGGAUGCUGUUAAUGAUGCCAUUUAAAGAACCUAUAAAUACUUUGGUCCGUGUUAGUCAUAAUCAAUAAAAAGUCAUAAUUGAUUUCAUAUUCGUUAGUUAAUUGAAUUAGAAUUUUUGGGGGAAUAAAUUUUACAAAUUUAUCGUGGCGGCAAAAAUUCAAUUGGUUGUGCGGGGCGUGCGGGCGAGCGCACGUUGGAAUCAUUUUCCAUAAUUUUAUACGUUAUUUCGUUAGGUAAAUUGCGGCUGUCUAUUAUACUUUGGUUUCUCCAUUGGUAGUUGGUAGCGGUUAUUUACAUCAAAUCUUCUCAAAUCGUUACAAUCUCAGUAAUACUCAUUGCCUCACAUAAAUCACCGGAGUCGAUUUAUCGUGUAUGUACACAACCGCCAGUUUGUCCCUGUAAGUAGUAAUGUACACCUUCAAGUUUGUCCGUUUAAGUAUGCAAAUGCCAUUAUGUCCGCAUAGCGUCCACGCCCGCUAGUCUGUAUGAUUCAGGUAAUAAUGUAUACAAAUGCUAGAAAGUCCGUGAUAUCAUGUAAUAUCGUAUACAUAUGUCGGUUGGUCCGUGUUAGUAAUGCUGCCUGUACGUGUCUGUAUAAUGUAAACGUUUACGGUGUAAAAGUAUGUAAACCCGUGUAUAGGGUUACAGCAUUAAGUUAUGUAAACCAGUGUGUAGGUUUACAGUGUGUAAAGUUUGAAAACCCGUGUGUAGGGUUACGGUGUAAAGUCCUGUAAACCCAUGUGUUUUGCUGGUUGGUUUAAGUACGUGAACAGGGUUUUGCCCAUGACAGUGUUCGGUAAUUCCUAGUUUCUCGUGCGUGUGUACUAGGCAAUGUGUUUGUUUAACAUUAAAUUUGAAAUUAUUUGUUUACGCGUGCGCUUGCUCGCUCGUCCCGCAGCAGGUUUUCUUGGUACGACAGUGGUGACUCCUUGAGUACCUUUUCUCGCGGCCAUUUCUGCCACACAACUCCUAUCUACUAAUCAAGCGUUUAGGUCUUAGAUCAAUGUGUACUUUUAAUACCGUUCGUUUUAUUGACAUUAAAUUGUGUAAUUGGAACAACAUGUUUUUAAAUGGUUUAUUAAAUGUGUAACAUGAAA